AUGUUCACAAGACCUCAUGAGCAGUUCAUUUGGUUAGGUGUUCUGCUGGUUGUACUUGCAUGCGUGUUUGCGGAUGAAAGUGCGGCGACAUCACAUUGGAGUAAAGCACAUGGUCUAUGGGGUAAAAGAAGUUUAUUCAAAGAGAGUGGCUACGAAACACCGAAACGACUGAUUUCUCCACCAAAAGCAGAUUCAACAUGGGGAUCAAGGUACGUUUUAUCAAUGCCGUAUGCUGAAUGGGACAAACGAUCACAAUGGCAGUUGGCUAAUGGGCUAUGGGGACGAUAG